CGCCCCACUUAGGUUUGCCCCCCCAGCUUGGCAGGAGCCUGUAAGUGAGUACCAGUUGAUUUGUUGUUUUGAAUAUACUUUUAGUUCUGAAUCAUUCUUUAAUAUGCAAACUACGGAAGAGUUUCCAUUCCCUUUUCCUCCUUAUCCAAUACAAAACGAAUUUAUGAAGGAGUUGUAUAAAUGUUUGGAAGAUUCGAAAUUAGGAAUCUUCGAGAGUCCGACAGGUACGGGUAAAUCUAUGUCAAUUAUUUGCGGCAGUUUGAAAUGGUUACUCGAUUACGAAGAAGGGGAAAGAGACAAAUUAAAUCAUACAAUUUCUGAACUUGACGAACAGAUAAAGAAAUGUUCGCACUCUUCGAAAAAUUGGUUCUCCGUGCAAACGGAACAAAUAGAAUUGAAUACUAAAAGGCAAAUAUUACAAGCGAAACUGAACAGUAUUCUUCAAUACGAGAGGAAGAAGAACACACUGAAAGAAAUGGCUAAAAAUAUGGAUAAGAAUAAUAAAGCUCGACAAAUCAGGCGGGCUUUCGCGAAAGAUAAGACUGAGAAAGAAAAUGACCUGGUUGAAACCAGUGGGAAUGAGAAUACCGAAGACGAUUUACUUUUAGAAGAAAUUCAAGACUCAGAAAAUUCUGAGGAUGAAGACAAACCAGAGGAAACUUAUGAAAGUACAAAGAUCUUUUUCUGUUCCAGAACUCAUUCUCAAUUGUCUCAAUUUAUAGGAGAACUGAAAAAGAGUCCUUACUCCAAAAACAUAUCUGUUGUAACAUUGGCAUCUAGGCAAAAUUAUUGCAUUAAUAAGAACGUAAAGAAACUGAAACAUUUGAAUCUAAUAAAUGAAUGUUGUUUGCAAUUGCAAAAGAAGAAGACGACUGUUAAAGAUGAGAAAGACGUUAAGAAGAAGAAGGUGGCAAAUGGCUGUCCUUUGGUACCAGGAAAUCAAGACUUGUUAAUAGGAGAAACAUUGAUGGAGAUUCAAGAUGUUGAGGAAAUUGUAAAGAAUGGAGAAAAUCUUAAAACUUGUCCAUAUUAUGGAUCAAGGAAAGCUGUCCCACAUAAUCAGCUGAUAUUAAUACCAUACAAUUCCGUAUUACACAAAAACACACGAGUCAGUUCUGGAAUCAACUUGAAAGGAAAUAUAUUAAUAAUUGACGAAGCACAUAACUUGCUUGAGGCUAUUGAAAGAAUACAUAGUGUUGUGAUCACGGGUAGAAACCUGCUACACUGUUACAGCCAACUUUGCCAAUACCAGAAGAGAUUCCAAGCUUUAUUCUCUGCUAAAAACGUUUUGAGCUUGAGUCAGUUGAGUUUCUGCUUGAAAAAGUUACUGGUAGUCCUCGGAGCUAGCACAAAAUCAAAUCCUAACGAUCCUGUAAAUGCAGGGAACGCAUGCUCAAAAUUAUAUAAAAUAGAGGACUUUGAGGUAGCAACAGAAAUUGACACAGUAAAUAUAUUUGAAUUACUGAAGUUUAUUAAGAAUUCGCGAUUGAGUCACAAACUACAGGGGUUUACGGAACAGUACGAUACAACUGUAAAAAUUCAUAAACGCGAUUCAAAGGCGGAUGGUGUAAAGCAAUUUUUAAAUUCGAUUAAAGCCGGUGGUACAGAAUCGAACGUACCACAGGGAAAUGUAGACGUUGUAUCCGAUGAAGAACGGCCAAACAAUCCGAUAAUUUCAAUUAUAGGCUUCUUAGAAUGUUUGCAAAGUUGCUGCUCCGACGGACGUAUUUUCGUUGUUCCUGGCGCAACUGUAGGACAGGGUGUUAUCAAAUUUCUUUUACUGAAUCCGGCGGCACACUUCCAUGAUAUCGUCCGAGAUGCGAGGGCAGUAAUAUUGGCUGGAGGAACAAUGGCACCGAUGAACGAAUUUACAGAGCAACUGUUUAUAGCAGCUGGCGCUAAGCCUGAAAGAAUUGUUACAUUUUCUUGCGAUCACGUAGUUCCCGAAGAAAACAUUCUAUGUAGUAUCGCGACUCAUGGUCCGUCAGGAAUAGAGUUUGAAUUUAAUUUUCAAAGUCGACAAAACACAAAAUUGCUAGAUGAACUAGGAAGAGCGCUAUUAAAUUUAUGUAACAUUAUACCAGCUGGAAUCGUAGUAUUCUUACCCUCUUAUAACUUCGAAGAGGUGAUUUACAAACACUUGGAGAAGACUGGUCUUAUAACGAAACUUUCUACGAAAAAACGUAUCUUCCGAGAACCUAAAUUAGCGUCUCAGGUAAAUGAAAUUUUGGAACAAUAUUCGCUUCACAUAAAGAAGCCGCAAAGUCCGCAAAAUGGAUCGUUAUUGUUUAGUGUGGUUGGAGGUAAAUUAAGCGAGGGAUUAAAUUUUUCUGACGACUUGGGUAGAUGCGUCGUAGUCGUAGGAAUGCCUUAUCCUAAUAUUAAGUCACUGGAGUUACAAGAGAAGAUUAAAUACCUGAAUGAGAACGUUAAAUCGGGCGCUGGUCAAAACUUCUAUGAAAAUUCGUGUAUGAAGGCAGUAAAUCAAUGCAUCGGACGAGCUAUUCGCCACAUUAACGAUUAUUCAACCGUGGUAUUAUUAGAUAAACGCUAUACUACUAAGACGAAAACGCUUCCAAAUUGGAUUCAACGCACGUUAGUGAUCCAUGACAGUUUUGGUAAAAUGAUUGGAACCAUCGGAAAGUUUUUUAAUAGUAAAAAAAACAAACUGAUCGUGGUGAAAUAAAUGAUGUUGUUACUUACGUGCGGUUCUGGAGAUGUUACAUAUAAUUUGACAAGUGCACUUCGAACUUGUAGGUCAGAUCAUGAUAAUAAAUCUGGCCAGGGUAUAAUAUAGAACAUGGAAAAUGUGACUGAAAAAGUUAA